AUGUCUGACGGCGCAAUCGAGAAGGGUGUCUUCACCAAGAACAACACCCAGGCUCCCAAGGAUGGGCGAAUCCUUCCCCUCUUCUCUUUGAAGGGGAAGACCGCCAUCGUUUCCGGCGCUGGAGCCGGUAUCGGUCUUGCCGUUGCUCAGGGCUUCGCUGAGGCCGGUGCUGACGUCGCCAUCUGGUACAACAGCAACAAGAAGGCCAUUGACCGUGCCUCUGAUAUCGAGAAGGAGUAUGGCGUGAAAUGCAAGGCUUACCAGGUCAACGUCACCGACGAGGCCUCCGUCAAGAAGGCCGUCAACGAAAUUGUCGACGAGUUCAACGGCCGCCUCGACGUCUUUGUCGCCAACUCCGGAAUCCCUUGGACCCAGGGUCCUGCCACUGACGGCGAGAUCUCCCACUACCACAAAGUUGUUUCGACUGACCUUGACGGCACGUUCUUCUGCGCUCGUGCCGCCGCCGACGUCUGGAGGCGCCAGUGGAAGGAGGGUAAGGACAGCAAGGGGAACAAGCUCGAGAACUUCAGCUACGGUAGUUUCAUCGCUACGGCCUCCAUGUCAGGCCACAUCGUGAACAUCCCUCAGCUACAGGCUGCGUACAACGCUGCCAAGGCUGGUGUGAUCCACCUUUGCCGCUCCCUCGCCGUUGAGUGGGUCAAGUACGCCCGCGCCAACUCUAUCUCUCCUGGCUACAUGGCCACCGAGAUCUCCGACUUCAUCCCCCAGGAGACCAAAGAUAUCUGGAAGAGCAAGAUCCCCAUGGGCCGCGAGGGUGAGACGGUGGAGCUCAAGGGUGCUUUCUUGUACUUCGCCUCAGAUGCUUCCACUUACACCACGGGUGCCGAUCUCAUCGUCGACCCCCACCACCUUCUUCAACAAAUCCCCCUCACCGUCUCUCCAUUUCUUUCCCUACCAACCGCCACUACCCUACCGUAUACCUACAAAUCCCUCCCCUCGACCCUACCUCCAUCUUCCAUUGACGCACCCUCCACAAGCUCCACCACCGAUCCCGUAUCUCGAACCCUUCGGAAGCCUCAGUAUGUCGUGUCCGAAUCAGGCCAUGCGGCGCACCCAGACGACAUCAUAGAGUCCUGCCGCAAGCUGCAAGAGCACCUGACUCGCAUGGAGUCUGAAGCCCGGACACUUGUGCAGAAAUGGCAGAGCGAUAUCAGGGAGCGGGAUCUGCAGGAGAAGCGGAGGGUCGCGCCCGGUUGGUUGGAUGUGCAGGAGGGAGAACGGAUGCUUGUGCCUGAGAGGACGAGGCGGGAUGGCGCAGAGGGUGGUGGGGCUGGGUCCCAGGUUAAGGAUUUGAUGAUGGGGGAUGAAGACAUGGCUGGCAUUAGGCAUGAUGCAAGUAAGGAGAAUAGGGAAGGCGAAGAGCUGGAUCGCGCGUUUGGUGGUCUAGGAUUGAGAUGA